AUGAGGUUGAAAGAUGCUGCAAAAGCCCACAUAGAGGCUUAUGAUGCAAUAUUCGAGGAACACAUACUUGACAACCUUGUGGCGAACAUUCCGCCCCUAAUUAGAGGGAAAACAAAGAUAGUGGUUGAAGAUAUUCAUAUCUACCCACCAUUCCUGAGCGACAAAGACCAUAUAUCUGUAGAUAGGAGGUUGUUUCCCUGGGAGUGCCGAGAGAGAGGACUGACAUAUAAAGGGAAGAUUAUUAUUCGGAUUUCAUUGUUCCAUGACAACAAGCACAUCAUGACCGAGGACAAGUUAGCAGGAUACUUUCCCAUUAUGGUCCGAUCAUCUCUAUGCCACUUAAGGAAUGCUAAGAAUAUGAACAAGGUUGGAGAGGACGAAGACGAGGUUGGAGGAUAUUUUAUAAUCAACGGAUUUGAUAAAUUCAUUAGGUUUACCAUUACACAAAAGAGAAACCAUAUAUUCGCAUUCAAGACGCGGAAAAGAGAAAGUUUCUUUACAGGUUACGGAGUAUCUAUGAGAUGUGUAGGAAAAGACGAAAUUGGGCACAUGAAUAAUUUGUAUUACUGCACAGAUGGAAAUGUGGUUCUCAAGAUGUACUAUAGAAGAUCGGAAUUUUUUUUCCCACUAGUUCUCAUUUUAAGGGCUUUAGUUAAUACAACAGAUGAAGAGCUGUACGAAGCCUUAGGACAAGGAGAAAGGGCCAUCCACCUCCUCAAAUGCUUUGCAGAGUACAAUGUUUUUUCAAGAAAAGAGUGUUUAGAUUACAUUGGGUCUCGUUUUUCAUCUAUGGCCAACUUCGGAUCGAAGAUUGAGGUAGCUGAGGAGAUUUUAAGUAAGUACAUUGCUUCUCAUCUUUCAUCACAUCUUGACAAGUUCAACUUCCUAAUACUUGCAGCUAAAAAGCUGUUUUCCUUUGUGAACAACGAAAUAGCAGAAGAAGACUUUGAUUCCUCUGGAAAUCACGAGCUCCAUACGACAACACAAAUCUUAUCUUCUCUUCUACGGGACAAGAUAGAAGAGUUCAUGCGGUCUCUUCCUAUUGCAUAUAAGAAAGCAUAUUUAAAAAGCGAAGGGGAGAAAAGAAGAUUGGAAGAAGACUCCGACUCGGAGGUUGUAGAUGGAAUCUACGAAGAUAAACUGGAUAUAUUAAAGAUCAAGGAGAUAUUCAAGAAAGCAGUCAUGAACAUUGGGCAGAAAGUAGAGCUUUUCCUAUCUUCAGGGAACAUAUUUUUGUCCUGUUGUUCAGACAUUCUUCAAACCACAGGGCUUUCGAUCACCCUUGAAAGAACCAAUUUCUACAGAUACUUCGGUAACUUGCGUAGCAUCAACAGAGGGACACAUAUUCCCUCAUUGGUGACAAGAAUCCGCAAACUUAGGCCUGAGUCUUGGGGAUUUAUUUGCCCAGUUCAUACUCCUGACGGGGCAUGCUGUGGGGUUCUUCUGCACAUGGCCAAGGGGGCAGAUAUAGUCUCCAGGGCAAAUGAUUUUGACACAGAGAUUCUCUUUGAGCUUGGUGUUGUUCCAACUAUCCGAGGCGUUAGAAUGGAAGUUCCUGUUCUUGUAGAUGGAAAAGUGAUUGGGUCAACUUCAUCCCCACAGUUUCUUGUUCGGAUGCUAAGAGAGUAUAAGGUCAAGAACAGACUAAAAAUAGAGAUUGUAUACAGCGAAGGGACCAAGGUAUUUUCUUCUGUCUGUAUUUUCAGCUCGAUGGGCAGAUUUAUCAGAAAAGUCAUGAACCAGAGGCUGGGGUCUGAGGAAUGGGUUGGAAUAAUGGAGCAGGUUUCUUUAAACAUAGAUUUAGAAAGGGGAGAGGGGGAUUACCAUGAGAUAGACAAGUCCAACAUAUUAGGAAUAAUAGCAGGUUUGACUCCAUAUUCCGAACACAAUCAAAGUCCUAGAAAUAUGUACCAGUGCCAAAUGGCUAAGCAAGCAAUGGGAUUUUCGGCAUACAAUAUGAAGACAAGGAUAGACCACACCAUGUACAAUAUAAAUUAUCUCCAAUCUCCCUUGGUCAGAACAAAGGGAUAUGACAUGGUCAAGGAUUAUCCUCUGGGAAUCAAUUGCAUGGUGGCGGUUCUCUCAUAUACAGCAUACGACAUGGAGGAUGCACUUGUGAUCAACAAGAGCAGCAUCGAAAGAGGGUUGUUUACAGGAUUGAUUUAUAAAACAGAAAGAAUAGUGUUGAACAAAGGUUAUUCCUUUUUGUAUCUUCCGUCUGUCGGAGAAAAAAUACAGAAGGAUUCGAUUCUAUACAAAUAUGUUGAUUUGGAAGAUAGAGAGUACCAGACAAGAUACUUGGAGACCGAAGAUGGGGUAAUUGAUUCUGUUCGAGUAUUUGAAAGUGAUGCAGGAGAAAGAUGUGCUUUACUGACCAUAAGAAUGGUCCGAAACCCUACUAUUGGAGAUAAGUUCAGCUCAAGGCAUGGGCAGAAGGGUGUUUGCUCGGUACAUUGGCCAAGCAUAGACAUGCCGUUUACGGAGUCUGGAUAUGUCCCGGACAUCAUAAUCAAUCCCCAUGCAUUUCCAAGCCGAAUGACUAUUGGAAUGCUGAUGGAAUCUAUUGCAGGGAAGGUUGGAUGCCUAAGCGGGAAUACCCAGGACGGAACGGCAUUUGAAAAGAAUCUCUCCCAAGGAGAAGAUGAAGAAACGGUUGGAAGAAAGGAAUAUAUAUGCUCUGAGCUCCAGAAGUAUGGUUUCAACUACUAUGGAAAUGAACCGAUGUAUAGCGGAGUAUCUGGAAAUGAGUUCCGCGUUGAUGUAUUUGUAGGAGUUGUUUAUUACCAAAGGUUGAAGCACAUGGUGGGAGACAAGUUCCAGGUACGUACAAAGGGGGCGAUUGUUUCUACAACUCGACAACCAGUUGGAGGGAGAAAGAGGCAAGGAGGAAUCCGCUUUGGAGAGAUGGAACGGGACACUUUGAUUUCGCAUGGGGCUUCGCAUCUCUUACAAGAUAGGCUCCUCAAGUGCAGCGACGGAACAACUUUUGAGUACUGCGGGGCUUGCAAGAGUAUACUCUUUACAAGCAGUGGGGAUUGUAUUUGCGGGAGUAGUGAUAUUCGGAUAGUUGAGAUGCCAUAUGUCUUCAAGUACCUGUGUUACGAGUUACUUGCAAUGAAUAUAAGAGUCAAGCUUGAUCUAUGA